GGUGCCUGACAAGCACGACGCGAGGCUCAGGGCUCAGGGGGUGGCGGGGAUGUCGGCUGGGACCUGUCCCGUUUGCCACCCAGGUGCCUUCCAUUGACUGCCUCUUUUGACAGGAGAGAAGGAAAACCAAAACAAUUGUGGUGAGCAAAAAGAACCAAAGAACCACAACAAGUGAAGAGACAACAAGAGGAACAGAGCUGGGAGAAAAUCACCGUACUUCUCUCCAUUCCUUCUCCAGAAGAACUCCAAGUUCCAUGAAUGAAGCAAAGAGACUUGUGAAAAUGUCACUAUAGUGUGUUGCACACGCUGAAUGGAAUGGAAAUGGAGUGAAGGGAAUUGUUCAGUCAGCCAUAGUCAGAUAUUUCUCAGGAAGAAGGGUCAAACGAAAGAAAAUGAUAAAACACAGGAUAGUAACGAAUCUGUCAGGCACUGCUAAGAAUUUCCUCGAAUUAGAAGAUGACAGCCAAGAAGUGAGACAUCUCAAUGGACACAUCAUUGUGACAGUGAGGGUGCUCCAAAGAGACACUGUGACUCUGCUUCUCUCAGCCACUGUCAAAGGCUAUGUGCAGAUCUGAAAGCACAACAGGGAUCAAUGGGAAUCCAAUGUGGACAAAAAGAGGUCUGUGCGUUGAUGAGGAGCUGCUGGGAUUCGGGAGCUGCCAGGAACACAAUGCCCUGCCCCGCUCUUGGCCUUGGGAAGCUGUGAAUUGCUCAUGUCCAUAAGGAGGAAGGAUGGCUCAUGGAAUUCCUUCACAAGGCAAAGUUACCAUAACAGUGGAUGAGUACAGCUCCAACCCAACGCAGGCGUUUACACACUACAACAUUAAUCAGAGCAGGUUCCAGCCUCCACAUGUGCAUAUGGUCGACCCUAUCCCCUAUGACACUCCAAAACCAGCGGGCCACACGCGAUUUGUCUGCGUCUCAGACACACACUCCAGAACAGAUGGCAUCCAGAUGCCUUAUGGGGACAUCCUUCUCCACACGGGCGAUUUCACCGAACUGGGACUGCCCUCAGAGGUUAAGAAGUUUAAUGACUGGUUAGGAAACCUGCCAUAUGAAUAUAAAAUAGUGAUUGCUGGGAAUCAUGAACUGACAUUUGAUAAGGAAUUCAUGGCAGACCUUGUUAAACAAGAUUACUACCGCUUUCCUUCUGUGUCCAAAUUGAAACCAGAGGACUUUGACAAUGUUCAGUCACUCCUGACAAAUAGUAUUUACUUACAAGAUUCAGAGGUAACGGUUAAAGGAUUCCGAAUAUACGGAGCCCCGUGGACACCGUGGUUUAAUGGAUGGGGCUUUAACCUACCCAGAGGUCAGUCUUUGCUAGACAAGUGGAACCUUAUCCCUGAGGGUAUUGAUAUACUAAUGACACAUGGACCUCCCCUUGGUUUUCGAGACUGGGUUCCAAAGGAGCUGCAGAGAGUUGGUUGUGUGGAACUGCUAAAUACAGUGCAGAGGCGAGUAAGGCCCAAACUCCACGUCUUUGGUGGAAUCCAUGAAGGUUAUGGCAUUAUGACAGACGGUUACACAACCUACAUCAAUGCUUCAACGUGUACAGUCAGCUUUCAACCAACCAAUCCUCCAAUUAUAUUUGACCUUCCAACCCCUCAAGGAUCAUGAAGCACUACUGCACAUUUGGAACUGGGGAAGGUCUAUAAACUGCCAUUUUCUAAUUACAAAACUUACAUUCUGUUACAUGUUUAUUUCAAAAUUACUGGUGGGGGGGAGCAUUUUGGGGGAGAGAAUUGUGGUUGUUUUUGUUUUGGGAUGGAUUUUUUUUGGUAAAUUGCUGGUACAAAAGAAAAAAAAGUUAGAGGGUUGUGCUUUUUGGAAAUGCAGCAUUCAUUUUAAAUUGAUAAAGCAUUGUGAAUUUGUAAAAUGAAUUUUGUUUUUCAAUAAAUUUGCCAUUGUAAAUUGUUAUAGUGUUCUCAAAAGGACAGCCAAGCUUUCUUUUAAGAAGUGAGAGACCUUAUUUUAAUAUUAUAUGAUAAGCUAAAAAAAUAGGCAGCAUUUAAAAACACCCAAAUUUGCACAACUUAUGUUACUGUCGGGGUUUUUUUAAGUGUCUUCUUUUUCCGUAGGCCUAAAUGUUAGCUUUUCAUCUCUCCAUUUAUAUCAAUUUUUUUUUUAGUAGCACAAACAAGAUUUUGGGGUCCAUUUGCCUCUUGAUAUGUGUGCACGUACUGAAACUUCUUUCUGUUGACAGUAGAAUGCAGCAAGGGGAGAAUAGACUUCUCAGUUGUUUGUCACUACCUGCUUUAUACGUUAAAGACUGGUAUAGAUAGCCACAGCCUGUACGUGGUAUCUACCUUUUAUUGUUUGUUUUUAAAUUAUUUUAGCUUUAAAAAACUGGGGGUGAAAGCUGCAAAGAGCAGGCAUUUCACGCAGUAAAAAAAAAAAAUGUAAAUGCGGACUCCUUUUAAAUAUGAAUUUAUAUAUAUAUAUGUAUUUUUUGUGCAUUAUAACUAAGCUAGGAUUUAAUAUUGCCAGUAUAGCAUCUGCAAAAUUAUGCUGUACAGCACAUCUAAAUUAUGAAGGAUGUGACACAUUUUCCAAGUGCUCAAGGCCUUCAAGAGCCUGAGUUAAAUCUUUGUCGUAGUUCAGGCAUGUAUAGAGUCAAAUGGAUACAAUCAAGCCUAACUAAAAUAAGGCUUAGUUGUCCUUUAUAUUUAAAUAUUCUUCUUGUCUUUUUAUUUUCUUUUUCUUAUUUUGCACUGUGUGUAAAUGCAAUCUUGCUAGCACAAAAUAUUGUUGCAGAUAGUUAUUUCUGUUCUACCACUGUAAAUGCUAUUGAGCUUUGUUCUGUUUUAUGUUACCUUGUUAAUGGAAUUUAGAAAAGCAGUUGUUUCUUUAAAUUUAUUGUGAUAUUAUAUCUAGCAGCCUUUAUAUGCAAAUAAAAUUGCAAGAUUUUUAAA